GACAACAUGGCGGACUAUUGAUGUGCUUUUUGUACCAACGUUUAGACCUCAUUUCAUCCUCAAGCUUUUGGAACUGAGGCUCACAUUACCGCGUUCUAGUSUACAAUUGUACGCACAGUYAAUUYGUAGAAGARUCAACGGCAUAUUWUAUUACUGGCAUUAACAAAUUGCUUACAAACUAUAACRCUAACGGGCGUCGGCAACGUGAUUGAAUCGGAGAAAUAUAAAAUGGAUAGUCUUACAGGACAGCAGAUUCACGAUCAGGAAGUCAAACAGAUGCAGAGUUUCCUGUCGUACUACAAUCGUCUCACUGAGCUGUGCUUCUCUGACUGUGUGCAUGAUUUUACUAACAGACGAAUUGCAGCAAACGAGAAUAACUGCGCAAUGCAUUGCACUGAGAAGUCACUCAAAGUAAUUCAAAGAGUUGGUGUACGACUACAAGAGGUACAAAUCAUGCAAAAUGAAGCAUUAAUGGCAGGACAGGCACCUUAAAAAACAGUUGGAUUUAAUUAAACAAAAACAAUCAAGGACAAAAGAUAUUUGAUGCUGGUUAUCCAUGGAAAAGAUAUAUACUACUGUAUUUUCAAAAUGGACGAUUUUUGAUAAUGAUGAAUGACAAUCAGCAAAGACAUGAAUGGCCAUCAGAAGGAAAUAGUUUCAUCUGUGUUUCACAUGCUGAUUGCCACACGUCUAAAAACUGAUCCCUUUUGGAAUGGCUUUUUUUAUGGUUCUUAUGUGAUUUCUUUUUUAGGCAAAAUUAAUAAAAGGAAAGUGUAAUUUGUUCCUGUUGUAAAACUCAUUAUGUAUUCAUAGAUAAGCACGUGACCAUUAGUGUGAGAGUGUGUGUGGAACAGCACAUGGUUUGCGAGUGAAGCAAUGGUCAGAUGUACCGUGUUGUGUUUGAUUAAAACCGUUAAACCCGA